AUGGACCGAGAGUACCUUUCAAUUCUCCCUCACAUCAGCCUUUCUGAAGAUAAAAAGAAAUAUGCUGUGGAUUAUAGAAAUGCCCACCCUAUUUAUCUCAACAACUUGGACACUGAUACACGUUACAAGCGUUGGAGGAACAGUGUUAAGUUGCUGCUGGAACCCUAUUAUCCCGGCAUGAUUCGACCCAUAGCCCGGAAUCUUUUCACUCUGGUGAGCUUAGUCGCUUCACCCCUUUAUGGUCAAUCACAUGAAUAA